UAUCUUUAUCUAGUGUGUGUUGGUUCUUGUUAUCGUGUGGAUGUACAAACGGGAAUUUAUUAUCAUAUAACGAUACUACUAAUGGGGGGCUAGAAGACUCACGUUGUUAUGAGUGAAGUUCUCGACCUAGGGAUAGGUCAUUAACACGACGGUGGCCUCGCCUCUCGCUUUAUGACUGUGACAAUACUGCAUCCAGCAUGUGAAAUCUACCACCACCCGUGGCUAAGCUGAGUGACUUACUUACUUACGAUCACUUGCCCUCGUACUUACAACUUAAGACAUAUUCACACGUGCACCGCGGCAUGUAGCACGCCAAUCUCUUUGUGCACGGAAUGAUGCACAGUGAUGCAACGCAGUCCGUAGCCAGCUGUUAGCGACUUAAUACUCCUUGGUGCAGUGAAAACGAUUUUCAUUAUUGAAGUUCGUUUGACAGGCAUUCAAUUGGUCAAACAAAUCAUUGUAAAUGUGCUCAAAUUAUAUGUGAAAGUUUAGUAAAAUCAUGACGUCGAGGUCUAGGGAAAAGGUUGCUGCUGCGUUUAAGAAGCUUUUCAAGAGUUCAGAGAAGAGAGAGAAUGAUGCGGCAGGGCCCAGUGGAUCACCAGCGCGUCGGGGAAUCCUUCGGAGACACAGAGAUGGCGUGGCCCCCGUUGAGGCAACUGCUAGUUUGCCGGCCAGUCCAACACAUAACGCGUUUUCUAAGAAGAAAAACGGAAACGUCAGGGAAAGAGCCGCCGCGGUGAGGACACGACGGCUGAUGAAGGAGUUGAAGGAGAUCAAGAGAUCACAAGAGAACCGAGCAGACCCGAUAUUUACGGUAGAAUUAGUGAAUGACAACCUAUUCGAAUGGCACGUUCGCCUGCGUCAGAUCGAUCCUGAGAGCGACCUGGCAGCAGACCUCCGGGAGCUCAACAUUCCCAACAUAGUGCUUCAUCUCGUCUUUCCGGAGAAUUUCCCUUUUGCGCCUCCUUUUAUGAGAGUCAUUGAGCCGCGGAUAGAAAAAGGAUUCGUCAUGGACGGUGGUGCAAUUUGCAUGGAAUUACUGACACCACGAGGCUGGGCUUCGGCGUACACCGUGGAAGCGAUCGUGAUGCAGUUCGCCGCGUCAGUAGUGAAGGGGCAGGGCCGCGUGGUCAGGUCACCUACGAGAUCCACCCGAGAGUUCUCGAAGAAGAGAGCCGAAGAAUCCUUUAGAUCACUUGUCAAAACGCACGACAAGUAUGGUUGGGUCACACCAUCACUCUCUGAUGGUUGAAGGAGUUAGCAUCGAGAAAGCGACGUGCAACACAGCACAAAGGAUUUUAGUAAUAUACCUAAUAAUUAACUAUUUUAGCAAAGUCAAUAAUGAAUGUACGAAGUGCAAUAUAUUAUAACCAACCGCUUUAUACGGACGAUUCAUCAAAGUGAAUGUAUUUUGCCUGUUACGUCCCAGUUGAUGUUCGGAUAAAUUUGCUUACCUAUUUGCUACAAUAGCAUUAAAAUAGAUGUAAAUGUAAUAGUAUUUCGUAGUGCGACAGUGGUCUAAAUGAUAGGUAUACGAUUAUGGCUGCAAUGGGAACUAAUAACCUAAACACAUGAUGGGAUUUGGUACAGCCCAACCAUCGGACGCGAUCCGGUACCGGACCAUAUUCGAUGGUAUUUCGCAUUGUUCAUCGCACAAAAUUAUUAUUACUAAAGUCCAGACCGUACCGAAUACGACGCCGGAACAAUUGGUGCGAGGCGCCCACCGGAUCGUUCGAUGAUCCGGUCCAAAACUAUCUUAUCUGUUUAUUUUUUUUAUAUCUAUUUAUUUUGUAUAUCUUAUAAUCUGAUCAUGUGUUUAGACCAUAAGACGCCGCGCCAUCUUGAAAACUUGACAAUUCAAUUUGCAUAUUAAAUGCUUACAGUCCGACAACCGUAGCUUAACCUACGUCAUAGCAAUUAGCAAGGCAUGUUGCGAUAUUAUGUUUUCGAUGAUUCGAUAUAAUAUCAAAUACUUAUACACCCAUAUAAAAGUAAUAAAUAUACCAUCAGUAACCAAUACUGAAAAUAUUUAUUAGAAAAUAGAAAUUUAUCUCAAAAACUUAAAUAAAACAGUAGGAGGCGCCAUUGCACAGGAUGACGGCUAGAUUAUGGGUACCACAAUGAGGCCGUAAAGCAGUAUGUGUAAGCAUAAUUGUCUUUGGGUCUGAAGGGCGCCGUAGCUAGUGAAAUGACUGGGAAAAUGAGACUUAACAUCUUACGUCUCAAAGUGACGAG